UCGGAUUCCAACAUGGCCGCCUCGACGCCAGAGUCAUUCUCCGCCUCCGCGGAUCAGUCACCCGCGUCGCUGGUCCAACAGGACAGGAGGUAUUACUCCUUCACUGAGCGAAGCGCAGCAUACGCAAUGAUACGGACCCAGAACGAGCGGCACAAUUUAGUCCUGGCCUUUCUCUCCACCUGCCUCCCAUCGCAAUUGACAUCAUCUCCGCGGUCAUGGAUCUCGUUACUCGCCGAGCUGCCCACAGGAGUCAAGGCCCUGGAGUUAGCAGGCGCGGCCGUCGCGGCCUCGGCGAUCGGACACCGGUUCCAGGACCCCGCGAUGAAGAGAGAGAGUCUCAGCCUCUACACGCAGGGGCUUCAGCAGCUGCAGAGGGCGCUGUGGAGUCGUGAUCUCGUCCGCGAGGAUGGGACUCUCGCGGCGUGUAUGGCCCUGAGUCUUUACGAGGCGAUGGAAUGCCCGAGUGCCGGACCGGAGGGCUAUUUCGGCCACUGUCGCGGUCUCCUCGCGUUGGUGGAAGCGCGGGGCAUUGAUGCGCAUUGCUCGGGGGCGGGACAUCGGUUGUUUCUGGGUGUGAGGACUCUAGGGAUCUUGUAUUCUCUGGAGCACCAGUCUCCAAGCUUCAUGUUUGAUUCUGCGUGGAUGGAGCAGCCCUGGGAGCGGAUACCCAAGACUUUCUUCAGUCGGGUGGUGGAUUGUCUCGCGCAGGCACCCGGGAUCUUGCAGCGCGUGCAUCUGCUGCCUCACCUGAGCCCCGAUCUUCAGAUAGGCCUUUGUCACGAGCUGAUUCGCGAGUGCUGGACGAUAGACGAGCAGCUGGAUAUGGUGUGGAAUGGGAUGCAAGAUGCCAUGCCGGAUCCGCUGUACCGGCCGGUGCCCUCCCGACAAGCCCAUGCCUUGGUCGAUGACGGACCCGGCGAGAAUCUGUUCCCGGUUGUUCUCUGCUUCGCUAAUGUGGAGUGCGCCACAACUCUUAUACUUCUCUGGGCUGUGCGGGUGAUGCUUUGGUCGGGCCUCUGCAAUUUAUACAACGGCCUGGCUGUUCUCGAGCGCUUGAUGCCCCAAGUGGUUGACUCUUCUUCCGACGGCACUUUUACCACAAGAUCAGUCAACCCGCCGGUUCCUGAUCUCGGCCAUCGCAGAGACUAUCUCUCCAUGGCCCAUCAUGUCUGUCAGUCCGUGGAAUAUCUUUUGCAGGAUGAGCUGUUGCUCGUCGGGCCGCUAUCAGUAUGCCUGGCGGUAGGGAUUGUGAUUGAUUCGCUGCGGGAUCAACCUCGCCAUGCUUUGGAGGUUGCGUGGCUGCGAGAAGCCCUGGGGGCUAUCCAGAAGAAAGGUCUCGGUCUUUUGGAACACAGUCGAUGAUGUAGCCAG